AUGUCCUCGACUUCCGACUCAGCCAUGUCCAGCAGCGAUGGGCGCGAUCCUGAGAAGGCUGCCAAGACCAGCCCAAAUCGUGCGGACCUCGUGCAGCCCAGCCGCGGUUCCGGCGGUGCGCUGGCAGCCAAAGACGGCCUCCCCCCUCUUGACACGUCCCUGCGUGGCUGGCUGGCCGUGGUCGGCGGGUUCCUCUGCCUGUUUGUGUCCUUUGGCUGGAUCACAUGCAUCGGCGUCUUCCAGGCGUACUACAGCACCCACCAGCUGCGCGAGUACAGCCCCAGCGCCGUGGGCUGGAUCUCCUCGGCUGAAGUAACCCUCCUCUUCCUUGGCGUGCCCAUCUUCGGCGCCCUGUUCGACCGCCUGGGCCCUACGGUGAUCCUCGUGGUCGGGACGGCGCUGCACGUGGGCGGCCUGCUGGGCGUCGCGAGCUGCCGCACCUAUGGCCAGUUCUUCGCUGCACAGAGUGUCGUCAGUGCCAUGGGCACCGGGGCCAUCUUCGUGGCCGGCACCACCGCCGCUGGCACCUGGUUCCACGCCCGGCGGGGUCUGGCCCUCGGCCUCGUCAGUGCUGGGAGCGCCCUGGGCGCUGUCAUUGGAACCGCUGUCAUCCCCGUCCUGUUCGACCGCAUUGGCUUCCCCUGGACCAUGCGCGCCGUCGCCCUGACAUACUUUGUCCUCAUGAUCUUGGCCAUCGCCACCACGUCCCGCCGGCCUCUGCCAGCAGGCCGCCCUCGAGCGCCUUUCCGUGCGUCCAAUAUCCUACCAGUGAGACUCCUGCGCCAGGGCCCUGUUCUCACGCUGGCUUUGGCGUGUUUCUUCUACUUUCUGGGCGUCUUCAUUCCCUACAACUACAUGGUUGUGGAGGCGAUGGACGAUGGAGAAAGUGAGCGCACGGCCAACAACCUGCUCGUCAUCCUAAGUGCCACAAGCACCGUGGGCCGUGUCAUGCCUGGCUGGCUCGGCGACCGGUACGGGCGCUUCAACACCACCAUCGCCUUCACGUUCUUCUCGGUGGCGCUUGUUCUCGGCGUGUGGAUCGGCGCGCCGUGGGAGGACGGGCGCAUCGCCUUUGCAGCGUUGUACGGUUUCGGAUCCGGCACCUUCGUGUCCAUGGUGCCCACCUUGGUGGCCCAGAUUUGUCCGGACAUGAGCCAGCUAGGCUUGCACCUCGGUGCCGUCUACCUUGUCAUCGCCCCGUCGGUCCUCAUCGCCCAGCCUGUGGGUGGCGAGCUUUCCGAGGCGGCGGGUAAGCAGGGCCGGGACCAUUACGUGUGGCUCAAGGUUUUCUGUGCGCUGGGCAUGCUGGUGGGUGUUGUAGGCUUCAUGGCUGCAAGAGCGGCUUACAUGGGUCACACCGGGAGGCUUUGGAUGAGCGGGAAGGUUUGA